UUGUGUCUACACGUGUUGAUAAUUUUAACUUAAAUAAGUUAUAAAUAAAAAUCUGAAAUUAUGGGUAAAGUAAAGCAAGAACCGGUCGAACAGGAAGACCAGGCUGAUGUCAGCAUUAAAGCUGAACCGCAAAGCCACGAUGAAAAAGUCGAACAUUGUAGUAUAAUAGCGAAACCGAUGGCCACAAAAAAACUCACCAAAAAGAUAUAUAAACUUAUUAAGAAAUCGAGUAACCAUAAGAACUAUAUCAGAAACGGCCUGAAAAUCGUUCAGAAGCAGUUACGUCUGGGUGAAAAGGGCAUGGUUUUCUUUGCUGGAGACAUUUCACCCAUAGAAAUCAUGUGUCACCUACCUGCGGUUUGCGAGGAGAAGGACGUCCAAUACUGUUACACUCCAAGUAGGAAGGAUAUCGGUGCCGCCAUGGGUACAAUGCGAGGAUGCAUCAUGGUACUUGUCAAAGAACAUGAGGAUUAUAAAGAUUUGUACGAGGAAGUUAAAAGUGAAAUAAAAUUACUCGGACAUCCACUGUAAAUAUAUGAAUAAGAUUCUUAUUUAGUUUUAAUAUUAAAUAGUAAGACUUUCAAACGAAUUAACAGUAACAUUCUUGUAACAAAAUCAGCUUAGAAUUUUUUGUUCAUUACAAUAUAUUCCAUAGUGACUGUUAAAUACUAGACAUGAUAAAAAUAUACAUUUAGGUAAUUAACUUUAUAUUUUGUAAUGUAACAUGUAAUUACUUCACAGGAUCUGAUAUAUUGUGUUUACACUGGUGAGUACAAAAACUAGACAAAACAAAAAUAAAUUUUCAAUAAGUUUUUAAUGACAUUGUGUCCAAAAUUGUCAGUACUACUUCAUUCUCAAUGUAUUUUAUGGUAUUUAUAGCUAGUACUAAUGUGGAUAGUUCCAAAAACAAUUCUAAAAGAUUUGGUUUUUUGUUUAAAAGUUUAGCGAAAUAUUCCAGAAUUCACCACACACAUGGGAGUAAUGUGUCAUUACUAUGGAAACCAAGAUAUAUUCACAAUAUUAAAAAUUCUGUCCCUGUUUGAAGUAGACUAGACUGGAAAUGAUAUAUAUUUGUAUGUAAAGUUGUUUUAAUGUGUAAUUGUCAUUCACCUAAAAGUAUUGGACAGAAUGCUAUUAGAUACAAUUUUUUUUUUCAUAACUCAGUUCAACAACUCUAAUUACGUUAAUUAAGAUAUAGAA